AUGGAGCCCAACCUCCCCGCCGAACCGCCUCUAGAGUCCGAGAUUCUACAAAUCGACGCUCCCCGAAUGCAGUACCGCAGCCGCCCCGUCUCGGUUGCCGUUGAUCCCGUUUCCCUCGUCAUCUCCGAAUGCAUAUCAAUCACUUCGGCAAUCCAGAAGCAUGCUCGCUCGCCGCACUCUUCCGUCUCCGCCAUUCUUGGAGGCAAUCCCAACCCCAUCAACCUGGGCGCGCCGAGCUCCCGCCUCAAGCCCAGGCGCAAGUCCCAGGUAGGUGGCGCUGCCUCUGAUGCUCAAGAUCUCACGAUAAACACGCGAUGGGGCCUUCGUGGGCAAACGGGCAAGAGCAUGCAGGAUGAUCCCAUGAUUUCGGGGUUUGGCGCCUUGCGCCAUGACAUUGCUGGCAUCAAAGACAUUCGCGCAUUUGAUUCGCCCACGCUUCUCGCGCCCUUUCUGCUUGUCAUUCAGGCCAAGGGUACCGCCGCGCCAAUCACGAUCCUCGCCCUCGGAGCGCUUCGAAAGUUCCUCGCAUAUGGGUUUGUCUGCGCCAGCUCGCCGCGAUUUGCGCUUGCCAUGCAGUCACUCUCCUCUGCUGUAACACACUGCCAGUUUGAUGUUAGCGACUCGGCGCAAGGCGAAGUUGUUCUUCUCAUGAUUCUGAACCUCAUGGAAGACAUGAUGUCAGGCCCCGGUGGCGACAUCCUGAGUGAUGAGAGCGUUUGUGAUAUGAUGGGCCGUGGACUCGCCAUUUGCUCACAGCCGCGCUUCUCUCCUGUUCUGCGCAGGACUGCCGAGGCUGCUAUGGUUAGAAUGUGUCAGAUCAUCUUCGAGGACGUAAAGCACCUUGACGUCGAAAUCGGCGACGACUCCGACGCCUUCGAACAGAAAGACGGCAACUUGCAUAUGGAGACACAUGCAUCCGCUACCACUCCUGAACAGCGCGACUCGACGUCAACGCCGACUAUCGACGAGCCCGAGAAAUUGCCUGAAGCGACCGAACCCGAAGAAAACAAAAAAGAUACCCCCGAUGCUGAGCUAAAAAGUGACGACGAGAGUGAACGAAGCGACGAUUCGGAGUCGAUAGAUUUGAAACCCUACUCAUUGCCCUCCGUCCGCGAGCUCUUCCGCGUUCUGGUCAACUUUCUGGACCCGAAUGACAGACACCAUACCGAUACAAUGAGAGUCAUGGCGCUCAGGAUUAUUCAUGUGGCUUUUGAAGUUGCUGGGCCGUUUAUUGCUCGACACCCUGCGCUAGCAACGAUUGCAGAGGACAAAUUGUGCUCCCAUCUCUUCCAACUGGUUCGAUCAGACAACAUGGCCAUCCUGCAAGAGUCUCUCAUUGUCGCAGGCACUAUGCUUGCUACAUGUCGCGGCGUUUUAAAGCUGCAGCAAGAGCUUUUCCUUUCUUACUUGGUGGCCUGCUUGCAUCCUACCGUCCCUAUUCCCCGUGAUACGGGUAUCGAGGCUUCUCUCUUCGCAGGUAUUCCUGAAACGCCAAAGCUCGUCAAGCCCCCAUCUUCUCAAGCUGGAAGCGGUCGCGCUACACCUGUCGCUAUCAAAGACAGACAAAAGCUUGGUAUGGAGGGUGGCUCGCGUAAGCCAGAUGCCAGACAAGCUAUGGUUGAGAGUAUCGGCGUACUCUCGCGCAUGCCGACCUUUGUGGCUGAACUUUUUGUCAACUAUGACUGCGAUGUCGACCGAGCCGACUUGUGUGAGGAUAUGAUUGGUCUUCUCUCCCGCAACGCGUUACCCGACUCUGCCACUUGGAGUACUACAAGUGUCCCCCCUCUCUGCCUUGAUGCUCUCUUGAGAUAUAUCCAGUUCGUCGCUGAGAGGCUGGGCAAGGCUCCCGUGACAGACGGCUAUACCAAUCCCGAUAUUCUGCGCGAGCAGCGUCGGAGAAAGAAGAUCAUUAUCAAAGGCACGAGCAUGUUCAACGAGAAACCUAAGAAUGGCCUAGGAUAUCUGGAGGCACAAGGCAUUCUGAAGAGUGCACAGGAUCCCGCAGAAGUCGCCGCAUUCUUGAAGGAAACUUCGCGAGUAUCCAAGUCGGUUCUUGGUGAGUAUCUCUCCAAGACCGGCAAUGAACAAUUUCUCAAAGAAUUCUUGGACCUCUUUGACUUUUCUGGAAAGCGCCUUGACGAAGGCCUGCGGCUACUCUUGGAGACUUUCCGCCUUCCUGGUGAAGCACAGUUGAUCGCCAACAUUGUCGAAAGCUUUUCCGAAAAAUACUGCACAUGCGAUACGCCUGAGCAGGUUGCGAACAAGGAUGCCGCUUACGUACUGAGUUACGCGAUUAUCUUGCUGAAUACUGACCAGCACAACCCAACGAUCAAGGCCAACAAGCGCAUGACUGUUGAGGACUUUUCACGAAAUUUGCGUGGCGUUAACGAUGGCAAGAACUUUUCUCCUGAAUACCUCCGGGACAUUUACGAAUCAAUCAAGUCAAACGAAAUCAUCUUGCCAGAUGAGCACGACAAUCAGCAUGCAUUCGACUACGCCUGGAGAGAGCUGCUGCUAAAGACGGAGUCGGCCGGCAACCUCGUUGUCUGUGAUACGAAUAUUUACGACGCGGACAUGUUUGCUGCGACAUGGAAGCCGAUUGUCUCUACGCUUUCAUACGUCUUCAUGUCCGCCAGUGAUGAUGCCGUCUUUGCUAGAAUAGUAACUGGCUUUGAUGAAUGCGCUCGCAUCGCAGCCAAGUACAAUAACGUGGAGGCACUCGAUCAGAUUGUUUACUGCCUCAGCUACAUGACGACGCUGGCAACAGACGCCACUUUUAACACAGCAUUGAACACGGAGGUCCAGGUGGGCGAAACUAGUGUCAUGGUCAGCGAGCUGGCAGUCAAGCUUGGCCGUGACUUUCGCGCUCAGCUCGCUACCCUCGUACUCUUUCGUGUCGUUACUGGCAAUGAGCACAUUAUCAAGAACAGCUGGAAACAUGUUGUUCGUAUCUGGGUCAACCUCUUUUCAAACUCGCUGGCAUCUCAAUUUGGCUCACCUGGCCUCCCUGCUCUUGGCUUGUCUGAUAUUCCUCUUCAAUCGCCGUCGCAGGUUAUUGACCGCGGAGCGCGAGCAUCCGACACAGGAUUCUUCUCUGCCUUCACCUCGUACAUUUCCAGCUACGCCGCCGACGAUCCCCCGGAGCCGUCUGACGAAGAGCUGGAGAGCACCCUUUGCACAGUCGACUGUAUCAACUCUUGCAAGCUUGACAAUGUCUUCAAAAAUGUCGCAAAGUUACCUCUUGCAAGUACGAAACUGAUUGUAUCUGGUCUUCUGGAUCAACUUCCAGAAGAUGACAGUACAAAUAUCAUGAGCGUCAAGCACGAAAACCUACCCAACCCGCCCCCCAGCAACCACAGCACAGCAACGGGGCCACUUAAGUACGAUCCUUCAAUCGCCUACGUUCUCGAAUUCUGUACCCUGCUGGCUACAAGAGACACUGAGUCAAUUGACGAAAUGGCGGAGCUGGUGUUCCAGAGAGUCCAAGGUAUUCUGCGUCACUCGGCUCAAUGGCAUGCCAUUACUGUUUCCCGUGCUGUCUUUUACGCUCUGCGCAUACUGAAAGAUGGAUUUGACUACGAGAUUGUCAACGUUCCUAGACUCCUACACACCAUUUCAGGUCUGCCUCAGGAUGUCCUGGCCAAAACUUCGGGCACCAUUCUCACCGGCUUGGCUGCCUGCACCGAAGAACCAGGCCCGCUGCGAAGCGAAAUGAUGACUUCGCCUGACUUUUGGGCAACGCUGCGCGUUCUCGCCACAAACCGCGAAUCUGCUGCGCAGGUGUUCCAGAUUCUCGAGAAGGGGACUUCCGGCUCGCCCCCGGCUAUCAUGGCAGACAACUACAUGGCCGCUGUUGCCCUACUCGACCAGUUUGCCUCAAGCGCAAACCCGCUAGCCUCGUCAGACAAACAAGCAGAGCAAGAAAGACGACGACAUGACCAACCUCGGCGGGAAGUCAAGGUGGACAGUGCAGCGGUUGACCGCGGCUGCAAGGCUAUCGAUAGCCUCUACAGCAUGACCGCACUCGUGCCGCAACUUAUCCAGCAGUCGCAGCUGGAGAGCGGUGAAGCCUGGUCUGCGUAUUGGUUACCCAUUUUCCAGUCUCUUAUGCACCAGUGCGGAAACCCGUGCCGAGAAGUUCGCCAGCUAGCCUUUUCGUCGCUGCACCGCUCACUUCUCUCUGCAGAGCUUACCACCAACGACCCGCAGGAGUGGACAGCUAUCUUCACCAAGGUGCUUUUCCCACUCAUCAUUCGCCUGCUCAAGCCUGAGGUUUUUUCGGCAGAUCGCGAGGGCAUGAGCAAACUGCGGGUGCAGGCCACGUCACUACUGUGCAAGGUGUAUCUGCACUAUUUGACAUUGCUCGCUGAAUGGGAUGGGCUGCUUCCAUUGUGGACCAAGAUUAUUGAAAUCAUGGACCGUCUAAUGAAUAGCGGCCAAGGCGACAUACUGGAAGAAGCGGUCCGAGAGAACCUGAAGAACGUACUCCUCUUUAUGGAGAGCAACGGAGUCUUGGUCCCCCCCACUGAAGAUGCUACGAAGAAAGAAAUGUGGGAAGAGACUUGGACGCGCGUGGACCGAUUCCUGCCGGAUCUACGAGCCGAGAUUGCACCCGCGCCAGAAGAGCCGGAGCCAAAGCCGACAGCUGACGCAGAUGAUGCAGCGAAGAGCGCGGUGGUCGAUGCUUCGCAGGAGGCGAAGUCCGAAGAGGAGCGGGUAGCUGGCGAAGAGGCUUCUGAGACAGGCGCUGCAGAGGGCCACGCUGCUGAAAAGACGCACACUGAGGAGGCAGCGAAAGAAGAUCAAGAUGUGGAUUGA